AAAUCGUCAGUACGAACUACGAAGUUUCGAUCAGUCGAACAACGAACGAGUUAGUGUGUGUGUGUGUGUGGGCGAGAGAAUUUUCCUUCAAGCAAGUGAAUUUAGUCAGUUAUAGUGUGAAAUUUCGGUGCGAUGUCGCUUUUUGGAUCGCUGAUGGGGGAUUUUGAAGAGGACCCUUUCUUUGGAGCACACAUGCGGUCCAUGCGUCAGAUGAAUGACAUGAUGAAUUCAAUGUUCUCGAAUCCAUUCGGAAUGUUGGGAGGUAUGGGUUUUCCAGCUCUAGAAGGCCCACGUUCUCAGAACUCUCCUGCAAGCAGGGGGUGUCAAGAUUUGAUGCCAUUUGGAUUUCCAAACAUGAACAGCAUAUUCCAGAAUUUUGAGCACAUGGCCAACAAUCCAAACUGUCAUUCAUUCAGCAGCAGUACAGUCAUGACAAUGAGCAGUGGACCAGAUGGAAAGCCGCAGGUAUACCAGGCAUCAUCGUCAACACGCACUGCACCUGGUGGCAUCAAGGAAGUGAAGAAGACCGUUUGUGAUUCUCGUUCAGGAACAAAGAAAAUGGCUGUUGGACAUCAUAUUGGUGAACGUGCACACUAUCUGGAACGUGAACAGAAUAUGUACUCUGGGGAGCAGGAGGAGAGGCAGGAUUUCAUUAACCUUGAAGAAGAUGAAGCAGAGGAGUUUAACAAAGAAUUUGAACAGAAAGCCCGCAACACAGUGGGAUCAAUAAAUUAUCCCUCAGCCCAUCUUCCCUCUAGAAGGCACCGUGAUAUGCUUGCUCUUCCUAGCAGCAGUUCUCGCAUCAAGAAUCGUCCCUAUCACAGUAAUAAUCACAGGAACUAUCCAGCGCUGCCAUCUCCAUCUCGCAUACACUCAAAGGAACGUUCCCGGAAGCGAGAUCAUGAACCUGAAUCCCUAUUGGAGAGGAGCCACAAAUCUCUGAAGUCCUCCAGCAGCACUUCCAAUGAGAAUCCUUAGUCAGCUAAAUUCUUCAUGGCUGUAUUUACUACUACUACUAACUUCUGUUUAACAAGUUAGAACUGUUGUUCCCCUUAUGAUUGGAGGCUGUAUACCAUCUUCAGGGAUUAGUGUAUGUGUGUAUUGUAUUAUUCAAUGUCUAGACAUUAGUCUUAAAAUGUAUUACAAAAUAACUUUGCUUGUUUAAGAGAAUCUUUUUCUUGUCUAUGUUUCCCUAGAAUUUGUGCUACCCCACUUCCUCUUCAAAAGUAUGUUUAUGGAUCUUCAGCACAGUACAUGAACAAAAUGUGCUUCAGUUUACUGUUGUAUUAUAUAAAGGUUAGCAUGUUUCCAAUAUAUAUAGGAACUGGUCCAUAUGGCAUACAGUUUUAAUUUGUUGAUAAAAUGUCAGUUUUUUAGUAUUUAGCAGCUCAUAGACGAUUGUACUAAGCAAACAUUCUAAAUUGCCGUCAUUAUUGUAACAUUGAUGCAUAACUAUUAUUCACCAAGGUUGUAUUAUCCCCCUUAAGGUUUUGUGUGUGUGCGCCGUGUAUGCAAGUUGUUAUAUGAUUAAAAUAAAGUUCGCUGAAUUUGA